AUGAAUUCAUCAAUUACUUUAUCGGAAAUGUUCAGAAGCUAUGAGUAAGACUAUAAGGCUCACAUGGAAUCAGUCAUGCAUUAUCUCCUUAAAAUAAGUAAUGAUAGAAAGGAUGACAAUAAUAAAAGUUUCUCCAAAGUUUGUGAUAGACUUCAAUAAGCUGAAUAAUGUAUAAAAUAGAUGGAGUUGGAAGCAUCUACUUUAUCUGUUAGCUAUAAAAAAGAAUUAAUGGAGACAGUAAAAUAAUAUAAAAGAGAUAUGGCUAAAGUUGAAAAGGAUUUUAAACAAUUAUAGUUAGGUCAAUAGGAGGAAUCGAGCAGAGAAAAAUUAUUUAACGAUAGAUAAAUUAAUCAAACCAUAUUAAAAUAAGAUGAUCGCUUAAUUCGACAAACUCUAGAACUAGAAGCAGCCAAAAGAACUGCUUAUUUGACUGAAUAAUAAGUGAAUUAAAUAUCUAUUAAUUUACACUCUUAAUCAAUAAACUUAAGUAAUUCAAUUAGGAAGACUUAGUAUAUUAGAGAAGACUUGGGAGAAUCUAAUAGAUUAAUGAAAAUUAUGAAAAACAAGAGUUGGUUUUUUUGA